UCCAAAAAUAAAAAACCCUUAAAAAAAAAAAGGGGGAAAAAUGGGAGCUUGUGCAACGAAGCCAAAGGAUUUGAAAGGAGAUGCACCGGAAACCGCACCGGAAAAUGUUCCGGCGACGGAAAUCGCCACCAAAGAUGCGGCGGAAGUAGCCGUCGCCGCCAAGGAUGUGGUGGUUGUGGCGGAAGAAGAAGUGAAGAAGGAAAUAGAGGGCGAUGCUGCUGCUGCUGCUGAUGAUGAUGACGAUGCUGAAAAACGCCGAUCUCUAUCUAACUUGUUCAAGGAGAACGAAGAAUGUAAGGGAUCGGAGCAAGUAAACGAGGAGGCAUCCCAGAUCACACCAUCAGAAGCUAAGCCAGAAGAAGUUGAGAAGGUUGUUGAUGCUCCUGUUACAUCGGAGAUAGUAAAAGCACUAGAAGUGGCCUCAAUUACUGCUGAGGCUCCCAAGGUGGAGCCUUCCGAGGAGAAGAAGAUAGAUGAAGUGAAAUCAGAACCUAAGACUCCUGCUGAGAAGAAAGUAGAGGAAGUAAAACCAGCAGCAGAGACUCCUGCUGUAGAGGAAGUAAAACCGGCAGUAGAGACUCCUGCAGAGAAGAAGAUAGAAGAGGCUCCAGCUGCAACAGUUGCUCCAACUCACGUGGAGACGAAAGCAGAAGAUGCUCCAAAGGUAACUGUAGUAGAAGAAAAGAAGUCGAGCUAGUCUUGGUAGUGAUAAUUUGAACCAUAAUGUGAAAGAUUUUGAAGAACGAAACUAUGCUUCCUUAGUAGUUGCUUGAAGAUUGCAUGGUGAAAAACGUGUGGAAAUGAUUUUUUUUGUUGAUUGACAAAGUUGUGAUGAGAAAAGAUUUAAUCUUUUAUUUGUUUAUUGUCAUAUACUCGUCGUUGUUUUGAGUUCUAUUACACACAUUAUAUUU